AUAUUAACGAAAGCAAUUCAGACGUGGAUGGUCUCACUUUAGCUCAAAUGUGUAUUUGGGUCUGGACAGGAGGAAGAAUAUGAUGCAGCGAAGUGCUCGGAAGCUCGAUUGUAACUUGUCAUAAAGAUGGGUUCGUCGCGUCUUCAUACCGGUCGUCAAUUUCGAGACAAGCUGGUGUUUUUCUGCUCGAUCGUAGACCUUUUGCUCAUUACCCAUAUGUCUUCUAUUUCGCUAUUAGCCAACGCCCAAUAUACGAGCCCGAAGCAUUCUUCUUGCCCAAAUAUCUGCCAGUAUGACAACUGGACUAAAAUCGCCAACUGCUCGAAUCGGCAAUUAACGGCAGUACCAGGUACCUGCAACCAGGCAAGAACAUUGAAGAUGAACAAUAAUCGCAUCACUCGCUUAAACCCAUACGACCUUGAAGAUUUCACCAACCUCCAAUUCCUUUAUCUAGGAAAUAACAGAUUGGAUAACAUAUCAUCGAACGCAUUCGUGGGUCUUGGAAAACUUGAAUAUCUCAGACUUGGGGGAAACUGUUUUUCCGACUUAAAUGGUGGGAUGUUUCGGGGUCUUGCCAAACUUCAGUUCCUUUUGGUUGUUGAGGGUUGCCUGGAAAACAUUGCCAAGGAGACAUUCAAGAACUUGCAGAGUCUUGGCUCGCUUGAACUCGGUGGGAAUCAUCUUCGGGAACCACCAUGUGAUGCAUUUGGUGCAGGGAAUGUACUUCGAUCAUUGUCCCUUUCAAAUAAUCUCAUCUUCUCUUUGCCUCAAUAUUGCUUUGCAAAACUCCAUCUUCUAAGGAUACUAGAUCUGAGCGGUAAUAAUCUGACAGAAAUUAGAAAUAGCCGAGUUUUCAGUGGCCUCGACAACCUAGAAACGUUAUCCCUAGAUAAAACAAAUUUGGUUCAGCUUGCAGAAGAUUCAUUUAUCAACAUUCCACAGAUUCGACAUCUUUAUUUGAAAAGAAAUAGACUUUCUAAUCUUCCGAUUAAUGUCUUCGCCAAUCUCGUGAAUCUUACAUUCCUAAAUCUGUCCGACAAUGCUCUGGAUCGUGUGACCUUAUUGUUCCAAAACAACCUUCGCCUCGAAAUAAUUGACCUUUCAUCUAACAUGAUCACAUGGAUAGAUCCAGACACCUUCAAAGGGCUGAAAUAUAUUCAGACCGUACUGUUGUCUUCAAACCGCUUAAAGAAAGUUUAUAGCCUAAUCUUUGAGACACCGUGGAUAAACAUCACCAAUCUUGCGGACAAUCCACUUAACUGCGAAUGUGCCAUAAUGGACUUAGGAGACUGGCUUGACCGAAAUCCAGGUUAUGAAGCAACCUGUGACUCUCAAGGAAAAGAUGGAGAUGUUGGAAGAGUUUCUCUUCAGAGCAUAUGCGAUGAAUACAGCCAUCCCAGUUCUCGAUCUGGUACUCUUCUCGUAGAAUCCCAAGGUACACCGAAACCAUCUACCAACAUUUAUUCAACAAUGGCAACGAAACCUCAAUCCCAUGGCAACUCCGAAACAUACCAGUCAAAUACAUUUCAUAUGACUACCAUAAUCCUGAUAGCCAUCAUAGUUGUUAUCCCUGUACUUCUUACCAUGACACUGUUCGGCACCGUGUACUAUUGCCAGAGGAUCUUGUCAACAACCAAGGAACGGUCAAAGGACAGUUUCAUCUUAACGCCACCCACAUCAGAUCCCCGAGCAGGACUCAUUGUCGCCCAUCCACCAUCAACGAGCUUAAUGAAGUCUACGCAAUUGAUUGCCAUUCGGCCAGAGAAUGGGAUGAUGGCGAGGACUGGUGAUGAUGAUGGUGUUUAUGAAGAGUUUUCUGAUGUCGAUCCCAUGAUGAAACCCUCAAAUGUUUCAAAGAAAACCAACAACGAUGGUCCUGAUUUCGACAUACUCCACGGUUCGCAUACCUACCUCGAUGUCCAGGACGAUACAUACGUUCCCUAUGACCCUCCUCGUUUGCCUGACAGGGACAACGAAUACGUGAAUGACAUCGAGAAAAGAAGCCUUAAACAAGAAUCAGGCUAUUAUGUGUUCAGUACCAAGGAACCGGUGUAUGAUUCGAAGAUUCCUAAAUACGUAAAUGAAAGUGAGCUCUUUUCUGUUUGAUAGACUUGAAAUAUGGGCAGGGGCGGAUCCAGGAAUUUUCGAAGGGGGGGGGAGCAAAUUUUCCGGAGGAAAAUUUUGACAAGAAAAAAAAAAUAGGUCUUCAAUUCAAAAAUAGGGGGAAAACCUGGGUUUCAAUGGCAUUUGUACAUCAUAAAUUUCAAUUUUGCUUCUCAAAAGGAGAGGGGCACGUGCCCCCCCCCCGGAUCUGCGCGUUAAUUUUGUUACUGUUUGACAAACAGGCUGUUUAAAAAAAACAAAUUUCAAUGAAAUCAUUGGUUGAGAAGUAAUAUCAAUGUUAUCUCUCAGCUAGUGAGAACAGUUAUGA